AUGCAACAACACUUGCUAAACCUUCGUGAUGAAUUUUGUCAUAGAACUAGUCAUGUUGAACUUGGUUUUGGUGCACCUGGGAAUGUGGCAUCUCCAGUGAGCAUUUUACUUUCCAGACUUGGUUUUAGACUCGACAUGCUUAGAGCUUUGAAACCGAAAAUGAUGCAGAAGGGUGAACUAGCUGUAUUGAAAUAUACACAUUCUGCAAUCAAGGGUUUCUUGGCAGUCAAACCAUCUGACGCUUCACAAUCAUUCAUCCACUUCCAUCAUAAGCUGCGCCUACAUCAUACACACAUAGAGUACUCUCUUACAAUGCACCCACACUUUUCGCUGGGUCCCACACUCCCGUUUCCCCAACCCCUACCCCCCUACUCCACGUGUUCUCCACCGAUUAGCGAUGCCCAUCACAUGUCCACAUUAUUCCCACUCCAAAUUCCAACCCGAACCGAACCCGGUCAAGCCCCGCUUUCGUUCAGUCAAGCCCCGUUUGCAUCGGGCUACCAAAACAAACGACUGUCAUAUCUCCACGUGGCCAAUCCGCACUGGACGAAUCACUGGAAUCCAAGGAUGCUUUCUCGUUUAUAUAACAACCUCGACCGUUUCCCCUUCACUCCUCACACUUCACACACCACCUCGCAUGCCAGAGCGGAAAAGAAAACAACAAGAAUGGCGCCAAACGUUCUUUUCUCUGUCCUCUCCAUGCUCCUCCUCCUCCUCCUCCACCCUACCAUCGCCGGUCACGACUACCGCGAUGCCCUCCGCAAAAGCAUUCUCUUCUUCGAAGGCCAGCGCUCCGGCAAACUCCCAGCCGACCAGCGCCUCCGCUGGCGUCGCGACUCAGCAUUGCACGACGGCGCCACUGCCGGAGUGGACUUGAGCGGAGGGUACUACGAUGCAGGGGACAACAUAAAGUUCGGGUUUCCGAUGGCGUUCACGACGACGAUGCUGUCGUGGAGCGUGAUCGACUUCGAGAAGAGCAUGGGGGCGGAGCUAGGGAACGCGUUGAAGGCGGUGAGGUGGGGGACCGAUUAUCUGCUGAAGGCGACGGCGAAGAUUGGUUCCGGCGUGGUGUUCGUGCAGGUUGGCGACCCUUACUCUGACCAUAACUGUUGGGAGAGACCCGAAGACAUGGACACGCUGCGAACCGUUUUCAAGAUCGACGGGUCCCACCCAGGUUCUGACGUGGCAGGAGAAACCGCCGCUGCACUUGCCGCUGCCUCCAUCGUCUUCAGAUCACGUGACCCCUCCUACUCUACCAUGCUCCUCAAUCGAGCCGUUGCG